GCAAUAAAACAUCGUGUUCGCAUUAUUGGACAAGAAUGGGAAAUUGGAAUUAUGUGUCCAGUUUAGUGAAACCAAUGUCUCCGGUAUCAGAUAAUCGUUGGGAAGAUUUCAAGGAAGAGAAAAUAUCGAAUCAAUUUAGAGCAAUUACUGUACUUCCGAACAUCGGUAGUUUUUCAGUUUCGAUACGUGGAACAACAGAUGCACAUUUUGCUCUGUGCAACAAAGACAACACCUCAAAUUUUUGCUUUUUUAUUAUCUUGGGAGGCUGGAAGAAUACAAAGUCCAUUAUACGAAAGUGUGAGAACGGAAUACCCGAAUCGGCAUCGAAAAUUCCUUCUGGGGAUUGUCAACAAGCACUUGUCUCCACCAAUUCUAUAGUUCUUUCAUCAAAAAAAUGGAAAACAUUUAUAAUAAAAUGGGAUUUCGAAACCCAAAUAGCGUUAUCAGUUUAUGAAUCUAGUACGAGACUUUUAAAUUAUUCUGCACCAAAGGAAAACAAUUAUUUUACAGGCCAUCGCAGAACUCCAUCUGCAAAUCCCGAGUACUUUCUUUUUGCACGUACUCAGGUACAACUGUUAAUGAGAUUCCAUAUAUAUGAUUAUUUAUUGACGACAACGACUCAAUCAAAGCUAAUUAGUCCAGAAACAAUAUCAUUAGAUAAAAAUAUGUGCAUCGAGAUGUCAAUCAGUUUGUGUAAAAAGUGUUUUAUAACCGUCGAUUUUGUAGAUCGUAAUGGAAAACGAAAAGCAGUAGGAACUUUUCAGAAUAAAAGUUCUAAUAAUUUUUAUAAUUUACCAAUUUGGCAAAAAGUAAAAAUUAAUACAACACUAUCAAAAGGAAUGCAACUGCCAAUUAAAAUGGAAAUUAAUACCCUAUUAGGUAACGUCUCGAACAAAAAUAAUUCUUACUGGGCAGUGUCAAAUAUUCACCGCUGCUAUGAUGGUGCGUUAAAAAUUGUUAAAAUUAACGCUCAUCAAGAUUACAAUGAAUCCAGUUAUUUUUGGCCAAUUGUUACAUGUCAAAAACUAUCAUCAAAUGGAGUUUCGACAAUCAUCGAAUCAACGGAUCACGAUACACCGCCAUUGAACACAGAAACAAGAUCUCAUUGUACAGAAGGAAAAAUCGGACCAUCGUGUUCAGUAAAUUGUACCAAGCUUUUCAACAAUAAUAACCAUUGUCAUAAAUUGCUAGCUUGCGACGAGGACGGGUGUUUUUGUGCACAAGGAUUUACUAUAAAAUCUGUUUGUAGUGAACGUUGCCCUAAUUUAAAAUAUGGUUUUGAAUGUUUGCAAACAUGCGGAAAUUGUGCUGAUGAUAUUUGUAGCUUCACAACUGGCGAGUGUAAAUCUGGUUGUCGUAUCACUAAAAAUAAGCUUUUUAUACCACCAUAUUGUAAAAUAGGAAUUGGAGCACCACCGCCACCCGGUAUAGAUCUAAUAAAUUCUACUUGUGCGAGACUUUAUUUAGAUGUCCAGAAGGAAUAUAAAAUAAUACCGACAAGUGUAAACUUUCAAAUUUGGACAAACUCGACUAUUCCAGCAUUCGUAAGUAAGCCCAUAUCCGUACAAAGGACUACUGUCACUAUUCAAACACACGUUGAUGGUUUAUAUCCUGGCACUCGAUAUAAACUCGCCGGACUCAUUCGUGCGAAUAAUCGGACUUUUCGUGGAGAGUCAAUUAAUUUUACUACACCUUGUACAGAAUCAGUGGCACUGAAUUUUGUUAUAAGCAGUAAUGAAACCAGCAUAACUUUAAAUAAUUUAGUUGAUGUACAUGUUAAUGAUACGUGCCCUUAUACGUGGUAUCGAGUACAAUUAUUCAGUGAAAAUAAAAAAUUAUUUGAUGAAUCAACAACUUUCCCCAAAAUAUUUAAAGAUCUCAAUUCAUUCUCUCAUUAUAAAGUUGUUGUUUUAUCAGAAAGAUCUACUAUUAUCAAUAAAAUCGUCAAUACGUUAGAAGGAGCCCCAAGUCCGGUAAAAAAUUUACACGUUGUAUCUAGUUCCAUUGAUCAGAUUAAUAUAACAUGGAAUUCACCGGAUAAGAUCAGAGGAAAACUAGUAAAUUAUACUGUAGGAAUUCAGCUCGUUGAAUCACGUGGAUGCAGUGAUUUAGAUGGAAUUUCUUAUAAUUUAACCUUUAGUAAUAUUGCUAAACGAUUUCAUAUGAAAGAUGUAAUAACAAAUACAUCAAACAAUACUUUUAAUUAUGUAUUUAAAAAUUUGAUGCCCUAUACUGUGUAUCUGAUCACUGUUCAAGCUUAUACAUCUCGACACGCGGGAGAAAAGACAGAACUACUUUACGAAACUGCAUCCAUAGAUCUUCCGACAGAAAUCUUUACUAAUUUUCGAUUUACCAAUGAAACAUCGUCAACAAUAGCUGGAUAUCUCAGAUGGAAUCCUCCAGAUAAUUGCUCAACUAUUACUGGUUCCAUUCUUGCAUGUAAAUUAUUCUUCAAAAACCGUGAGCUUACGACCAUUAUAGUCAACAAUUAUUAUUAUCCGCUUGAAAAGUCCGUCUUCAAUGGCGCCCAACUUUAUGAUGUACAAUUAUAUGCACUAAGAGAUUUUUACCAUCUGGAAAAUAAGACAGCAUAUACUACUUUAAAUUUUGAAAUGCCUGCUAGAGCGCCACCACCAAUACGAAAUCCUGAAAUUGUAGAAGUAGACAUUUUAAAUAAGACCAUGACAAUAAGAUGGAAUGUGCCAAUAACGCCAACUCAUGGUCAAUUAGAUCAUUAUUCAAUAAUAUAUUGUAAGCAUUCGAUCAAUUGCAAUGAAACUUCAUAUGUCAACGUUUCGCUGAAUGAGAUUUAUAAAUUUGAUAACUUUGAAUAUGCUCCUUAUAAGACUCUCCCACUUCCAUCCGAUUAUUACGAUGAAAUUCAAAUCACGGCAUAUAAUACAAAUGUAAUGGAGCCAUCGGAACCUGCAAUUAUACCAAUAAGGAGAGUUGAAUUCGUUCCAUAUGCACCUCAAAACUUGACACUCACCAUUGUUUCUAAAGAGAAUUCUACGAUCAAUGUCUCAUGGAGUCACCCUUUAAAAUCCGGUGGCAGACUAGAAAAAUUCACUAUCAAAGCGAGUGUCGAAAGUUCCUUGCUGAAAGUUUAUCCUUGGCAUGACACCUUUAUAGAAGUCAACGUAACAAACUAUCAAAUGCUCUACAAUAUGAAUAUCAAUCUCUUUCCAUCAACUGUUUUCGUAGUGAACGUGAGAGCCGUAACUGUCGGUGGACUUUUAGGAUAUACGCUUAGCGAAAUGAUUAUUAUGCCAAUGUCUAUCAAAUUUAGUACGGAGGAGCUAAGCCCAUAUAUUAAUGACGAUCUGACGGUAGUGAUUAGAGUACCUGAAGUGAUAUACGACGUUAAGGAUAGUAUACUCGUAGCGGUGGUUGAAGGUCCAAAAUAUUGUGAUGAAAAAUCAAAUAAUAAUGGAGAAGUAAAACUGAUUUUAGAUUUACAAAGUUCUUCGUAUUAUAAAACUAUUUGGAAAGCAGCUAUGAUAAAGGCACGAUCAUAUGCAAAUAAGGAAUUAAAAAUUGGAGAUGGCAAUUCAUAUAACAAUUUAAAAAAUUAUGCCUUGUGUUCAAAAGAGUCAUAUAUUAUACAUUUAGUACUUUGUCAACUUAUUAAACAUUUAAAUGAACAGAAUAUUGUAACAUACGAAUGGAAUACUCUAAAAUCUAUUAAAACAAAUGUUAUUCAUAUGGGAGAAAUUCCUAAAAAUUACGCUAUGUGGUUAAUUCCUUUGUUAUUUAUUAUUUUAAUUUCUAUGCUAUUAGCCAUCGUCUUAUAUCGAAAGAAACUUACCAGUCGUUUUACAAGAACUAAAGCGAAAGUCUCUCAACACGAACAUAUGCCGCUUACAAAUCACAAUAGUAACAAUAUAAGAAAUAACUUGUUAGAUAAAUCGGAGAAAGGAAUGCAUGUUAAAGAUAUUAAAGAAAUUCCGCAUAAUAAUAUCCUGAAAAUAGAUAAUAAAUGCGAAUUUAUAAUGCCAGUAAAAAUAAUAAAUUUUGAAAAAUAUUUCGAAAGUGCCUAUCAAUCUGGCGCAUUAAUAAAAGAAUAUUCAUCAAUUAAAAGCGGAGCAAUUUUUUCGUGCACUUAUGGAUCUCAAUCUGAAAUGAAAUCAAAAAAUAGAUAUGCAAAUUUGUUUCCAUAUGAUGAAACACGAGUUGUUUUAGAGAAAAUACCUGACGAUGAAUAUUCAGAUUAUAUAAAUGCCAGCUAUAUCAUGGGGUAUGGAGGAAAUGAAAAAGCUUACAUAGCAACACAAGGACCAAAACCAAAUACUGUAAUUGAUUUUUGGAGGAUGAUUUGUCAAGAAAAAGUGCAAAUUAUCUGUAUGAUGGCUAAUAUAAUGGAAAAUGGAAAAAUUAAAUGCGAGCAAUAUUGGCCAACCACUGUUGGAAAACAAGUACUGUAUGGAAAAAUAUUGAUUCAUUUUUCUAGCGAAGAAGUCCAUUCAGAUUAUACUUAUCGGACAUUCCAAAUUUCUUGUGAAAAUGAAGAAACCCGUACGAUCGAACACUUGCAUUAUACUGCAUGGCCCGAUCAUGGCGUCCCCUCAAAUCCUAAAUCUAUCGUGGCAUUUCUUAAAGAAAUUCAAAAACAUUCACCUGUGCCCAGAAAACUCAAUGAUCCACCAAUCGUUGUUCAUUGCAGUGCUGGAGUUGGUCGCACCGGAACCUUAAUUGUUCUUGAUAUGUCAAUUUACCGAGCAUAUUCUGAAAAUGUUGUUGAUAUAUAUGCGAAUGUAUUGUCUGCCCGUAAGCAAAGAUUGAAUAUGGUUGAUAAUGCAGAACAGUAUUUACUUGUGCACUUGGUGCUCGUUGAGUAUUUGUAUUCAAAGAAUUUGUGCCUCACAUGUGAUAAAACGUUACCCGAAGCAAUUGCAAUUGCAAAAAAAAAUUCAUCCGAACAGUACCAAAGAAUUGUAGACACAAGUUGGUGGAAUGAAAUUUUGAGCUCUCCUCCAUUGCCAGAAAAAUCUAUAUUAAACAAAAACAGAGCAAAGCACAGAUUUCCAGAAUCAGCUGGUGGCUUCAAUAGAUUAUAUUUGAAGAGAUCUAGUACGACUGAUGAGGAUAGUGAUUAUAUCGCAGCAACAAGUGUUAAAGGAAUUUUCAAAAACUGUCAUUAUAUUACGACACAACUGCCAAUGCCAUCAACAUUUGCUGAUUUCUGGAGAAUGUUAUCGGAACAAAAUAUUGAGCUUGUUAUAGUAUUACAACUACCUGACUUACAUGAUUCGACAUAUUGCGAAUUAGUACCAGAGAAUCAGGGAUUUGGAAAUACUAAGUAUAUAAAAGUUAUUCGACAGGAACAUUUGACUGUAAAUUCAAAAUAUUACCUCCAAGAAGAAGUUCUAAUAAUUGAUAGUUCUGAGCAGCCGUCUAAAGAACAAUUCGUUAAAAUUAUAAGUUAUAAAAAUUGGCCCGAAUCUUCAUUACCUUCGACUAUUGAAUUAGUUCAUUUUUGGAAAUUUUUGGAAGAACUAAUAAAAACAGAAAAGUUUCCCAUUGUAACAGUAUGCCGUAAUGGAGUUACAGUAUGUGGAAUUUGGUUAGCUCUGUCCUUCCUACUUAAAAGAAUGUCAAUUGAUAAUGAAUGUGAUGUGACACAAGCUGUAAGAGUAAUCCAGAGAUGUCGGAUAGACUUUUUAAAUAAACCAGAAUAUCUUGAAUAUCUUUACGAUGUAGCAUUGGCAUGGGCCUCUAACAAUGAAAACAAUAAUUAA